UUGCUUGCAGACGCCGUCGUUAUAACAUCGGCAUGUUCCGCGUUAGAUACAAUUUUGAAUUACCUGUACAAGAGGUUUACAAGAUCACCGCAUCCGGUUGCAAAGGUAGGCAUGGAACCCGAAGGAGACUCCUGUCUAGUAGCUGUCAAAAACCAGCCGCAGUUGAUGUCUGACAUUUUAACGUCCAUGAUGACAUCGCUAAUGUUUGGCGAGGUAAAAUGCCAAUGGAGUAUAUCUCGUCCUCUGCUAGGGCUGAUUCUCUUGCAGGAGGAGGUCUUCACAAAUUUCAAGCGUGAAAUCAUAUCACAACAACCAGAGGAUCGGCAUGCGGCAUUCGAUCAGGCGUUCAUUGGAUUAAUGGAUGGUGUUGAAUUGUCACUGACGGUGAAAACAAGGACAUCUUCACUCAAAACCUGGCGAAAUUCCGUCGAGAAAUCGUUGAAGCAGUUAAAGGCAAGGAGGUGUCGCCAUCGGCCAGCAAUAAUGAGAUGUGCUAGUUGA